AUGGUGGCUCAUUUGCAUUUCUUGGUGUUUCUUGCACAGUCGAAAGGCGCAAUUGGCGUGCAUCGUUAUCUAGAAGAACAUCACCAACAGGUUCCCAACAUUUUACAAGAGCUUAGCGCUACUGUUGUCCUUCGGGAUGAUAGAGAGGAAGAGAGCAAUCGAUCUAGUAAUGGACACAGCAAUGAUAAAGCGGUUGAGGACGUGGGUAUCGGUAUGGAACAACUGCCGUUGCGAGCGCAGCGUGAGAUUUGGAGCGCAUUGGCGAGCAAUGCGUCUCGAAACGAAGCCGCUGUCGUGAAUUUAGCAAGAGCAUUUCUGCGAGCAACUGCACAGCCUCGUCGUCAUGAGAAUGAUGCAGUUUGUAUAUCCUUGGCGAGGAUAGUAUUGAGUCAGGUAACAGGCGAACAAGAGAGUGAAGAGACUCAUGGUAGCACGAGUGCGUUUCGACGCCGUAUGCGGCGCUUAACUCUGGGUCAAGUCCAGUUUCCAUUGCUCUUGAACAGAAAUGAUGACGUUCAGCUUGUUGAUCGACAAGGGAUGUCAUUAUCCAGUAUGGCCAUGCAGUCUCCGGCCCGAUUGAAUAAACGCUACAGAGAGAAGGUGUCUGAGGACCCAUGGCCAUGUAAGACGGAGCAAAACAUACGAGAGAACACACCAACGCCGACAUUAUUUGCUACAAAGCUGCAAGAACGACCAUUGCUAACAAAAGAGAUGGAAGAUCGCGCAUCUGGACUUUCCAAGCUGCUUGCUCAACUGCCACGCUUUGAUGCCGACGCAACAAUUGACGAUGUUGCCACGCGCACGUUUGACAUGCUUGCUGAAGUCGUCAACGACGUUCAUACUACAUAUGCAGCCAAUGAGCAAAGCUUUCAGUACCUGUGCAAGCUGUUGCGGAUGGAUUCCACAAGUGACGAAGUGCUCGCCCGGAUCACUAGCGCUCUGGUCGAUGCCAAUUGGAGUUCUCGAUAUGCGGCGAUCUUCCUCGAAACAACUGUGUUGCCCAAGAUUCGUGCUGCUGAUUCAGUAAUCUCGCGUGUCUUACUGCAGACAGCACUACGUUUUGGCUCUGUCUACACUCGUACACUUUUGGACUCACUCUUGCUUCCACUGCUGCUUGGUGAUAAGGAUACUAUGAUCGGCCCCGCUCAAGCAGAAGCAAUUACGCGCAUUCUGCGCAGCUCUGACACAGUACCAACUGAUCAACUGAAUGAAUUCGUCCUGGCAGCCUUGACCGUGAAGAAUGAAAACAACUCGACUCCACAUUUGUUUUCCAAUGAAUCGGCAUUGCUGGUAUUCCAGAACAUCCUCAACACUAAACCAGCUUUGUCAGCACUGACAGUCGAGAAGUUUGUUGGAGCGUGCGAGGCCGUCUUAGAGCGGCCAGAAGCUGAACAACUGCGUGGCUCUCUCAAAUUCGCCACCGUCGUUUUCACACUAAUCUCAAAAUACCCACAACAAUGUGCCAGUCAUGUGGAAAUUCUUGAAACAAUCGCCACUCAACUGACAUCCAUCAUGGCCAAAACGACGCUGCGCUCGCUGCAGAAACUCAAGAACGACAAGUGA